UCUUGCCGCAAAUUAUAUAUAAUUUGCCUCGCGAGCGACCUCUACGAAGUCGCAGGACAUUUUGGAGAGAAACAGAGAGCGGUAGAGGGCGAAGCAAGCGCAUGUGUAACCGUACUUGAUACUUCAUCGCUGUUUGGUGGCGGCGGCGGCGACGACCAUGGACCAACCCGCGGCAAAAAAGCAGGACAAGCUCAUCACCAUAUUGAAGAGUCUCGGAGCGAAGGACGAAGGCGGAGACGGCGAUGACGGCGAUUCCGCCGAUGGCGAACAAUGUGAUGCGGAGGUUUGGGACAAGCUCACCCGGAGUUUCCAUCAGGCGCAAUCGGUGCUCGAUCAGAACCGUGCCUUGAUCCAACAGGUGAACGAAAACCAUCGAUCCAAGAUCCCGGACAACCUCGUGAAGAACGUUGCUCUAAUUGGCCAGCUUAAUGGUAACAUCUCCAAGGUUCUGUCUAUUUACUCUGAUUUAUCAAUCGAUUUCUCAAACAUUGUUCAUCAGCGGCGGCGGCGGCGGGCUACCACGGUCUCUACCGAGGACGGCAAGGAUUAAACAUUUACAAUAAGGAUGUCUUUGUGCGUAUACUCAUUUGAUGUAGGAGUUGUUUGGUAAUGUGUCAGUCAGGGUGUCAUUAUUUGACAUUGUUUGAAAUAAUAGAUUGACUGGUCAUUAUCGAAGUAGAAGUUGUUUCGUGUAUUUGAUGAUGGUAUGCCUGGAUAUGAAGAACCGCGCUUAUUCUGUGCUCUGUUAUGUUGUUUUCUUUGUUAUAAGGAUGUUUCAAGGUUGCAGGACUGCAUUUCUACAUUAUCCACCUGCAGAUAUGAGGUAUUUAUGUUAUGUUUCUCUUUUUCUUUGCUCAUUUUGCUUGAUAUAACUGGCUGGUUGAUUUUACGUGAAUAAACGGUUCAAGAGGUAGGAGGGGCAUUACUGUACGGGAAAUUAAUACAUUCUAUUUACAAGGAGGCUUAGCUGAGCUGAAUAGUUUUUCUUUAAUUUUUACCUGUCCCUGUGAGACCCUUAUUGUUUAGUCGGGGAUUUGGACACUGAGUAGCGCCAUACGAUACUGCUAAUUUUUUUGUAAUUCCUUUCUUAUAUUCUGAUCACCUUUUUAUACUCUGCUGUUAAUACAUGUGUUACUCAGUUUUACCCUUGAAGUUAUUGCUAUGCUUUUAACUAGAAGUGGACGCUGCAAUAAUCGUAAAAGAAACUCAAAAUUGACAUGGUACUAAGUUCUGUUACUGCUCCUGUAGCUUUUAUAAAUAUAUUGAUUCCAUUGACAAUUUGUUUGUAUUGUUCAUACUUCAUAUCACAAUUGAUGGAAUCGUUGUGACAGCUUGGAGAUGUUGAAUAAAUAUUUCGUGUGUGAUUUGACUGAUGGUUCUUCAAGUUUCUUCUCUAUAUUCUCCGUGAUCUAUGAAUCUAGUUUAGAACUACGGACAGAAGAUCAGAAACUACGAAACAGUAGCCAGGGAUAUCAGGUAUGAUUUACGGGGCUGAUCUUCGAAGGAUACUUUUUGUGUUUGGUUGACUGGAACCCUUCCUUUACCUACAGCCGAACACUUAAACUACUAGGAGGAACUUGUGCAUUUUUAAAGCCCUACCUUUUUGGAGGAGCUUUCUUUUGUUGAGGUUGCUUUUGGCAGUCGAUGCUUGACAAUGAAAAAUUGAAAAUAGAUGAAGUGGUCAUCUUCUCUUGGACUUCAGAUGAGUCACCAUUUAGGAGGAGCCGUGAUCUAUGCUUUUGCUUCUUUUAUCAGAACAAUACUUUGAGCGAAGGCGAUUGAAAAUUGAAUAAAACUAAUUGAAACGUAUCGAAAGCAACCAGAUAAAUUAUAUGUUUGGUUUCACAUUUGAAAUUACCAAAAUUAUUUGGUGGUUUCUGAGCAGUGUCAGCUAGUGGACUUUGCUGUUAGAUGAUUCUUUAGCUACUAGUUCUUCAUAAUAAAUCUAUGCCCUUCUCUAGAUAUUGAAGGGUUCUCCUUUGAAGAUGGUAAGAAGUCUUGAAGUUAGGCUUCCAUGUCUGGGGCUCUAGGGUCAGAUCCUUUGUCUCUUCAGAAGGAUGAUUUCUCUCUUUUCCAGGGCAUAACGAUUUGAUGCUUUUGUUACUUUGUAAUGGAAUUUCUUUCUUGUUCAACUAUUGAGUUUUGGUAUAUCUGAUCCGACUUCAACUGAUAUACUAAAUGUUCCGCUCAUACUAUAUAAUUGGUUUUGGUGGGCCCUUUGUUUCGUUUCUUUUUCGG